UUCUCUUAUGCAAGAGAGGAAAUCCUGGUGUCAGCACAUAGCCACAAAGUAAGUGAAUAUUUUUAUGUCUUCAGGCUGAACCUCCUAAAAUAAAGACAAAGUACUCAUCCUUGGGGAUUCGCUUUCUCUGAAUUUCACCAACAAAACGUGGACAAUCUUGGAAGCUAAGGGCAGAGACUGAGAGCUUGAGAGGAAGAAAAAGGAUGACAAUCUCCAAACCAUCUACAGGUGAACAGACAGAGAGAAAAUGUUUCUCUUCCCAAGUGUUCUUAUGGACAGCUGCUGGAAUCGCCAUCCUAUUACUCAGUGCCUGUUUUAUCACUAAAUGUAUUGUGACAUAUCAUGUUUUUCAACUCUGUGAUAAAAAAACAUUGCAGCCACCUGAGGAUUUAAUGGCGCUACCCUGCUACACAUAUGAAUCAGGUUCAGUCAAGAAGUGCUGUCCACUGAACUGGCUACAUUUUCAAUCCAGCUGUUAUUUCUUCUCUACUAACACCUUGACCUGGGCAUCAAGUUUAAAAAACUGCUCAGACUUAGGAGGUCAUCUGGUAGUUAUCAACUCACUGGAGGAGCAGGAAUUCCUCUUCCAUAAGAAACCUACAAAGAGAGAGUUUUACAUUGGAUUGACAGACCAAAGAACUGAAAGUCAGUGGAAAUGGGUGGAUAACACACCUUUCAACACAUCCUUAAGCUUCUGGGAUGUCGGGGAACCUAACAACCUGGCAACAGUUGAGGAUUGUGUCACUAUAAGAGACUCUUCCAAUCCAAGGCAAAAUUGGAAUGAUGUACCCUGUUUCCUCAAUAUGUUUCGGGUUUGUGAAAUGGAAGAAACAUACAUGUUGGACAAAAAAAACUCCCUAAGAGCAAAAGGCAAAACAUAAAUGUACAAACGAGGAGAAACAGGAACAUGAACACAACUACAACCCCAACCACAAGAAAAUGUGCAUAGCAUUUCACAAGGACUCUAUAAUUAUUUGUUGCUUUGAAAUAAAGAAAUGUUUUGAAUAUCACAA